AUCGACCCACAUAAAACGACCUUAAAAAUCGAGUAUCGAGUCGAAAAUAAUCGAUCUUUAGAUGAUCGAUUCUUGACUCUAGAUAGACCCUGGAGCAUAACCAACAUAAAUAUACAGAGUAGAAGAAGAAGCGAACCACUGAAAACAACCAGUCAUGGCAGAUUCCGCUGGAAAUUGGUGCCUCAUCGAGAGUGAUCCCGGUGUUUUCACGGAAUUAAUCCGCGAAUUCGGUGCGACUGGAGCUCAAGUUGAGGAACUGUGGAGCCUCGACGAUGAUCAGUUCGACAACCUCAAGCCAAUUCAUGGGCUGAUAUUCCUGUUUAAAUGGGUGAAAGAUGAUGAACCUGCUGGUACACUUGUGCAAGACAAUAGAUUGGAGAAAAUAUUCUUUGCCAAACAGGUAAUUAACAAUGCUUGCGCCACACAAGCAAUUGUCAGUGUGUUACUGAAUAGUAAACACCCAGACUUAACAAUUGGAAGUAAUUUAGAGGAAUUCAAGACCUUCUGUCAGAGCUUUGAUGCCACGAUGCGAGGACUCGCCCUGAGUAAUUCAGAUAUAAUCCGACAGGUUCAUAAUUCAUUCUCGAGACAAACGCUGUUUGAAUUUGACUCUAAACGAGCCUCGAAAGACGACGAUGUUUUCCACUUUGUGAGUUAUAUUCCAAUCGAUGGUCGUCUGUACGAGCUGGAUGGGCUGAAAGAGGGUCCAAUGGACCUGGGACCAUGCCCACCUGGUGAUCAGUGGGUCCAGGCAGCCAGACCCAUCAUUCAGAAGAAAAUGAACAAGUACAAUGAGGAAGAGAUUCACUUCAACCUGAUGGCAAUCGUGUCUGAUCGAAAAAUGCUGUACGAAAAGCAAAAAUCCGCAUGCACAGACCCAGUGGAGCUGGCGCGUCUGCAGUCUCUGAUAGAAGAGGAGAUCAACAAAUCCCAGAGAUAUAAAGUCGAGAACAUCAGGAGGAAGCACAACUAUCUGCCUCUCAUAAUGGAAAUCCUGAAAGUUCUCGCCAAGGAGGGAAAACUCCUUCCACUAUAUCAAAAGGCCAAGGAGAAGGCGAUCGACAAGCAGUUCAAUGUCUCGAGUGCUAAAUAAAUUAUUUCAUCGAGAAUUCUUACGAUAAAAUUACGGUAAAAUGGUAUAAUAAAUUUUCAAUGCAUUUACACAUAAUUUUAUCAUCCACGUCUUGUUUAUUCCGAUUUUGACGGACAAAUUAUUAGAGUGUGAAGAAUAAAAGGUUUUUCAAUGAAU